AGCUUACAUACGCUGAUUACUCAUCCGCCAGACCGAAGAAGAAGACGUAGGAAAGGAAGCCAGGCUACAUGCUAAUGCUAAUGCUGCUAACAGGAGGAGAGAAGAGGUGCUGGUAAAAAGAUUCAACAUGGAUACUGCGAUUCCAGUGCCUGUGCUCCGUCUGCCCAAAGGACCAGACCCCAACAGCCGCGGAUUUUACCCCAAUUCCCCCCGUUUCAUUGCUCUGUGUCGCCCCUCAAUCUCCACCUCAGCUGCUUCAGAGACAGACCCCGAGCAGCUGCAGAGAGAGCAGCACGCACGGUCUGUGCUGCGGGAGAGCUUCCUCCGGUGUCUGCUCUCCAUGACCAACAAGAAGGUUCAGUUUCACAUGCAUGAGAAGGUGAAGGUGGAGGCCACGUUUGGAGCAUCGGACAUCGACGUGCUGAACUUCCAGGUGUCGGGCUUGCACACGCCCAUCGGGGUGCAGAAAGAGGCGCUGAUCAGGUGUCAGGAUGUGAUUUCAUUUAGUUUUGAUGCAUGAACACCUGAGGAUUCUUUCUGUUUAAAUAUAACAUGUUUUGUAUGAAAAGGUUCUCAUUUGUUGUUGUAAAUAGGAUCUAUUUUCAUAGUGAGAUACUUCACAUAUUUGUUCUUGCUGCACAGAGUUGUUGAAUAUUGCUAUUUUAGUCCUGUCUGUAUUGUUCAUUAGAUCAUACUGAUGAUGUGUGUGUAGCAAAGAUCCUACACUAACAAACAGUCCCCCUUUGUCACCACAAGAGGGAGUCCUAUCCCUUUGUUUCAAUGUAAAUGUCAACACCUGACAUGAGCGAAAGCUUGCUCUAGCUUUAGGUGAUGUUUUUGACAGUUAAUGUUGGAUGAUUUAAAAAGAGAUGAUAUUUUGCUACGGUUUACAUGUGCUUUCAGAAAGUUAAAUAUCCCUGUAAUGCACCUGAUGCUUGAGCAGUUCCAGACAUCCUGUUUAUUUGUAAAACAAUCUACUAUUAAGCCAGAAAGAUGGUGAACUCACUGGUAAUGCUGCCUUGAGAAACAAGAAAUUAAACAAUCAAAGCACAAACAUCACACAAUAUCGACGGUUGCAUCACAACAGUGAGUGUCUCCUGUUUCUACCGCUACCCCCUGACACCUCUAGAUCAUCAUCACCUCUGUCUUCCUAAGGUGAGAUGAUUUAUUACUGUUCCAGUUUAUCUUGUAACAUUGAAUUGUUUAACUGAGACAAAUUAAAUGUUGCACUUGAGAUUUUUUAUUUUGGUUUUUUUUCAAAAUAAAGUUAAAUGUCCAGUGUG